CAGUUGUCGGAUGUGUCUUCUCAGCCUCCGUAAUGCUCCCCCUGUAUUGCAUGUAUUCUUUACUCAAGCGCACGUGCAUGUCUUUUCGGACGAUAUGGCGCAACAAGAAAAGAAGAAGAAGGAGAGCAUCUUGGAUUUAUCCAAGUACAUUGACAAGCCCACCAGGGUAAAAUUCCAAGGCGGAAGGGAAGUGACUGGAAUUCUCAAGGGAUUUGACCCACUUCUGAAUCUUGUGCUGGAUGGGACAACUGAGUUUCAGAGAGACCCAGAUGAUCCCUACAAAAUCACAGAGGACACCAGGGACCUUGGCCUGGUGGUCUGUAGGGGGACAUCGUUGGUUCUCAUUUGCCCCGAGGAUGGCAUGGAGCAGAUAGCAAACCCUUUCUUGCAGCAGGAAGGCUGAUGCCAGCAGUUCGUCACUCGCCGGUGGACCUAUGUAAAUUAUGUGUAAAUAGUGGGCUGAGAUGUUGUUCCCAAGGUUAAAGCCAAUAGUACUGACUUAUUUUGCGAGUUAUCUUCAGUAAAUUCACAGAAGUGUACAGGUCAAUUGUCCAACGUCUCCUUGCAGGCUAGAAGGGUUUGGGUUCGGUACUGGAGAACCUCGCCAUUGAUGACAGAGAAACUGGAUGGACUAUCUAUGAGUGCUUUGCCACGUAGUGGAGUAAAUCUAUGUUGGAAACUGGGGGGAGGGGAAUUGGGAUGGAGAAAUGUUGGGGGGGGAUGACUUGCCUGGCCAUGGAAAUUUGAAAAGUGGGGGACAAUAUAUACAAUGUGUAGGGGGCGGUGUUCAUGAUGAAGAUAUACAUCUGUAAUGUGUAUCAAAUUCAGGCAGAAUCUUACAUCAGAAUGAUAUAUUUAUGGCUUUUUAAAAUGUGACCG